AGCAAGUCACAGCUGCAGUCUCACGCAGGGAGACAUCAGAGCUCUUCUUCCUCCCUACUCGUAGCAGCAGCAGCAGCAGCAGCAGCAGCAGCAGCAGAGAGAUGGGUUCAUCGGCGGAGCAGGAUUACGACUACGCCUUCAAGAUACUGUUGUUAGGGGACGCCGGCGUGGGGAAGAGUUGCCUCAUUCAGAGCUUCAUGUCCCACUUCGUCGACAACCACCCACCCACCCUCGGGACGGAUUUCCAGAUCAAAUAUCUCACAGUCGGUGACAAGAAGCUGAAGCUUACCAUAUGGGACACUGCUGGGAAUGAGAGGUUCAGGACAUUAAGUACGUCUUUCUAUCGAGGUGCUCAUGGAAUAAUUAUGGUUUAUGAUAUGACGAGGCCAGAAACCUUCACCCAUUUGACGGACACGUGGACCAAGGAAGUGGAGCAAUACUCUACAAAUCAAGACUGUAUUAAGAUUCUUGCCGGAAACAAAUUGGAUAAGGAGAGCGAGAGGAAGGUGACAAAGGAAGAAGCAAGUGCCCUUGCGAACGCCAAAGGGUAUUUGUUUGUGGAAUGCAGUGCAAAAACACGACAAAAUGUGGAGAAAUGCUUUCAGGAUCUCGCAGAAAAGAUACUGCAAGUUCCUAACCUGGCGGAGAAUGCUAAGAAUACAUCGAAACCAAAACCGAAACCGACGCAAACUGCAACACCAAAACCCGAUGGGUGUUGUACGAUUCAGUGACAGAUCUUAAAUAAGUGAUGCUGUUGGAUUGGAUGCUCUGAAAUGAGGUAAAUGCAUGUGUACCAACUUCUGAAAACUGCAGUACUCUAUCUAAAAUCCUAUGUUAUCUUUCCGAAGCUUAACUCACAUCUCCCUUUUGGAGAAUUGUAUUCUGCUUCGCGUAGCAACGCGAGAUUACUCUUAGUCCUC